AUGCCAGAUGCAGCCCCGUUUGGCAAAAGAUUUCACGAAUUUGCAGAAAAUUAGUUUGACGCUAUAAAAUUCUCGUGGUCCUGCGGAUCCAAAUUAGUUUGAAAGCAUCAUCCACCUGUCUCCCUCUGCCCGAGCGUCCGCACCGCAUUGGUCACCGGGAAAACGCCUAGACGAUUGCAAGUCACAGGCUCACAGCCUUCCCUUCACCCAUCCAUCGCCCGAGUUCGCACGAUGCUCCAACCCCAACUCCUCCGACCCCCACGCCUCUCCCUCGCCGACCCCGUCUCCACCACCAUCAGCUGCAGCCGUGGCGGCGGCGGCCGCCGCCGACGCCCGAAGCCCAAAACCAAGACCGUCGCAUUUCCGCCGCUGCCCCUCCGCCGCCUCGUCUCCACCUCCCUGCGCCGCAUGCUUCCCCGCCCGCGCCCCCUCAUCGUUCUUCCCGGCGGCGGGGGCGGCGGGUGGUUGAGGUUGGGCAGGAGGAGAAAGACACGGGCCGAGGAGGUCGCCGCGGUCGCGCUCGCCCUGGCGCUCGGCGGCGACAGGUUCGUGGCGCUCGCGGAGGCCUGGAACGCGUCCGGCCUGGGCCAGGUGCUCGACGUAUGGGCCGCGGUGUUGGGGACACGGCGGAGCAGGCGAGGCAGCGGGCUCCGGCGUCUUGCGGCAUUUCUCCUCGGCGUCGUGGUCUGCACGCUCGUCUGCCACAUGAGGGGUGCGUCGUUCUUCGAGGGGAUCCAGAAGAGCGCCAGCGGCCGAAAACUAAUGCAGAUUUUACUGCAUUGAUGGAUUUCUUCAUUUCUUAUUCGUCUGCUUGAGAAGUUGGGAUCGGGAUGUUUUUCCUCAUCAGAGCUAGAGGUUAUUUGAUACGGAUGGAUAAUGUUCCCGUUCUUGGAGUUGGGAUACUGAUUUUUAUUUUAGUUUAGGAAAUGUGGGAUACCGAUUUUUAUUUUGUUUUCUGGAAUAUGAUAGGCCGAUUUUUAUUUUGUUUUUGGAAACGUGAGAUGCCGAUUUCAUGAGUCGUUGGACUAGUUUCGUGUAACCUUGUGUUGAUUUUAUGUGAGAUUUUUUUUAUAUC